AGGAAUCGGUCAUGGAAAUCCCCAGAUAGGGUCUCUCCUCUCUCUAUUCUCCAAACAUACCAUAAACAAAUCUCUCAUUUUCUACGUCAAACUCUCUUUCUUUUUCUUCACCACCCAACAAAUAAAACACCAUCUUUCUCUUUCUCUCUCUCUCUCUCUCUCUCUCUCUCUCUCUCUCUCUCUCUCUCUCUUUCUCUAUAAUGCUUCUUACUUCUUUGACUACUUCCCCUUCUCUUCUCUCCAAUUUUUUCUUUCCCAACCAAAUCAGGUUGCUUGUUUCUGCUUCUCUCUCAAUUACCACCUUUGCAGAUUUUUAAAUCCUUAAAUGUACUGUUUUCCUCUGUCUUGUCUUGUUCGGGACUCCCUUUUUACUAUUUUCUUAAUGGAUAAAAUUGUCUGCUAAUGCUCACGUAAGGUUCAAGGAUUGUGCAGUGCUUUAAUGCUUCCUCAACUUCUUUGUAAUUUUUUAACUUAGACCCCGAUCUUGGGUUUUGCCAUUCACUGUUGCUUCCACUGAAAACUUUUUAAACUUGUAUUGAUUUACUGUUUCUUGAUUCUUGCUCUUCUCGAUUUUAUUUAAAUACUUGUUCAGAUGAACUUCGUCUGUUCUUUAAAAUAAUGAAACUCAUCCGUAUCUACUGAAUUCUGCAAAGAAGCCUUAGAUCUGGUUAGAAUUUGUUGCUCUUCGUAGUUCUUUAGAAGAUACCCCGAAUGCAUUUUUCGAAUUACUGUUUAUUACAUCGACACAUAUUGUGCAAGGACUGAUGUCUCCCUGUUGAUUUUGUCUGUAUUUGCUGCAGUACGUUUUAGGUUUGCUACAUUGGCACUAUGUUAAAGCAAAUUCUUAGCAAAUUGCCCAAGAAGGUGCCAAAAUCUGACACAUCAGAUUCGGCUCAGAGUGAUUCCGGGAGUGCUACUACUUUUGCAAAUGUCUUUCAGUGUUCGAAUGUUGGGGUUGCCAUUUCAAACAAAUUAAAUGCAGUGAAGCGGGUAUCAUCAGUGGUAUUUCCAGCAAGCUUGAGUGCUGGAGUGGAAGCAGUUGAUCCCCAUAUAUCUUUCAAAGAUGUUUCAAAUAUACAGAAGCAAAACCUGUUUAUCAGUAAGUUGAAUCUUUGCUGCACUGUUUAUGAUAAGAAUUGUACAGAGAAAGAUGUUAAACAUCAAACAUUAGUAGAGCUUGUUGAUUUUGUUUCUUCUGGAUCUGCAAAGUUCACAGAACCAUCAAUAGCUGCAAUGUGUAAAAUGUGUGCAAGUAAUUUGUUCAGGGUUUUCCCACCUAAGUUUCGUCCUAGUGCUACUGGUGGAGAAACAGAAGAUGAAGAGCUUAUGUUCGAUCCUUCCUGGUCUCACCUGAAAAUUGUUUAUGAUCUUCUCCUUCAAUUCAUAAAUUAUAACGCACUUGAUCUAAAGGUGGCAAAAUUGCAUAUUGAUAAUGCGUUCAUUGUUAGAUUGCUUGACCUUUUUGAUUCUGAGGACCCUAGAGAAAGAGAUUGCCUGAAAACAAUUCUGCAUAGAGUCUAUGGGAAAUUCAUGGUACACAGGCCUUUCAUACGGAAAUGUGUCAGCAAUAUCAUCUACCGAUUUGUUUUCGAGACUGAACGUCAUAAUGGAAUUGCUGAGUUGCUGGAGAUUUUUGGGAGUGUAAUUUGUGGGUUUGCGUUGCCACUGAAGGAGGAGCACACAAUAUUUUUGUGUAGGGUUUUAAUGCCCUUACACAAACCUAAAUCUGUUGGUAGUUACCAUCAGCAAUUAACAUAUUGUGUUUUACAGUUCAUUGAUAAGGAUCCAACACUGGCUAGCACGGUGAUAACGGGGCUACUGAAGUACUGGCCAGUAACAAAUAGCCAAAAGGAGCUCAUGUUCAUAAGUGAGUUGGAAGAGGUUUUGGAUGCCACAAUCAUGACUGAAUUUCAGAAGGUUAUGGUCCCACUGUUCCGACGAAUAGCUUGCUGUCUCAAUAGCUAUCAUUACCAGGUGGCUGAACGAGCUCAUUUGCUAUGGAACAACGAACACAUCUUCGAUGUUGUCUCUCAAAACCGGGAGGUGAUUCUGCCUCUUGUGUUCACAGCACUUAUACAUAACACCCAAAAUCACUGGAACCGAGCAGUGCUCAACCAGACCGAGAACAUGAGGAAGAUGCUGUCUCAGAUGGACGAGGAACUGGUGCUUGCCUGCCAACUCAAGUUGGAGGAGGAAGAUUCAAGGUCAAGUGCCGCAGCUGAGCAGCGAAGAGUGACAUGGGAACUUCUUGAAGCUGCUGCCACUGCCAAUAUCCAACCUAUAGCUGUAGCAGGUGAUGUUGUAGCAUCUCCUGCAUGUUCGGUGGCAUGCUAGUUGACAGUGCGAGUGUGAAUGUUCAAAUUACUGAGCAACAUGGUUCUUGCGUUUUUCCAUGUUGUAAGAUGAAUUUGCAAUGGCAUUUAGGUUUGUAAAAAUCCUAGAUGUUUGCCUUAAAAAAUGUUUAGAACGUGUUGCUUGUGUUGUGGGAAUUGAAAGGGUAUUUGUUUGUGGUGUCGGUGCAGUCACGCAUGCAAUUAUUUGGUGUGUCAGCAGCAUCCACUUCUCACUACCUAAUGACCUGGCUGGCCCCCACUUUAGCACUUGUAUUGGUUGAGUGGUAUUGCACUGCACUGAGGAAUCGAUGUGGUGCCAUUGCUGAUAUUCCUUAACCAUACUCUAACACUAUGUAUGUAGAUGUCUAUGCAUAAUGCAGCCUUUUUCUACUGGAGA